AUGCUGCUACCUUACCCUGCCUCCCAGCUACCUCCCCUCAUCCUCUCACCACAAGCCCCACAUCAGCCACCACUCGCAGCGUCAGCUCCAACGCCAGCUGUCCCCCUCACCUCCUCCUUUCCUUUCUCAUCCCCGCAUUUUCCCCGGCAGUUCCCCCCUUUUCCAUUACCCACUCACUCACCACAAGCCCCACAUCAGCCACCACUCGCAGCGUCAGCUCCAAUGCUGCCUCCUCGCCCCCCCCAUACCUCGUUCCUUAUACCCCUCCUUCACAUGCGCCCCAAUACUACUCCCCCUCCCGCACUCACCACAAGCCCCACAUCGGCCACCACUCGCAGCGUCAGCUGUGACGCUGCCCUGCCUCCUCAGGCCCCCACCCCUCCUCUUUUCUCAUCCCCUCCUUUCACCCUUCCUCCCAACGGUCAUUUCCCCCCUCUUCCAAGCCCUUUUAACUCACCACGAGCCCCACGUCAGCCACCACUCGCAGUGUCAACUCCAACGCUGCCUCCUCGCCUUGCAACCCGCCGCAGGGGGGCCUUGUUGGACGCAGCAGGCAACCACAUACCUGUCAACCCCCCAUCGCUCAACUCAACUCAUCCAUACGCCCCAUCCCACCCCUCACCUUGUCUUCUCGUGCGCCCCAUCACUGUGGUCCCUCACCUCUUGGUGCCUUCACAGGGCGCAGGCGGGCCUUGUUGGACGCAGCAGGCAACUCAUCACCUCCCCACCAAGUCACCCAUACGCCCCCCCUCUCCUACCCCUCACCUUAUCUUCUGGGGCGCUCAUCCCUGUGGCUCCCAAUGGUGCCUUCACAGGGCGCAGGUCCCUAUUGACCAAUCCCCCCCUAUGUUCCCUAUGUCCCCUAUCCCACACCCACCCCUCACCUUGUCUUCUGGUGUGCUCAUCACUGUGGUUCCCAAUGGUGCCUUCACAGGGCGCAGGUGGGCCUUGUUGGAAGCAGGCAGCUCGUACACACUGAUCUGA